AUGACGCACGUGGAAAUCUGUUGCCAAAUUUGUGGCGUGAGCUUCAACAUUGGCCGCUACCCGACAAAGGAUGAAGCAACGGCAGCGAUUCCUGAUACGCAGUGGUUGCGGAAUACUCAAGUAUUGCGUGCUCAGGCAAAAGGAGCAUGCUGGAAAGACUGCUACUUAGCUACCCUCACAGAAGUGCCCUCCGACUCAGACUUUCGCCAACUCGUUGUCGAAUCUAUGGAGCCCGUCUCGAAAGUGAAAUCGCGGCGCUACACUUCAGACGAGCAACAUAUUUCUGGGCCCGCAUGCUUCAAGCCUGGCGGUUACAGCGGCUACUCCAUAAUGUCAGAGGAGAUUCGAGGGUCUUGCACAUUCCAAUGCUUUGUUCCGAAGCCAAGGCGACGACGGUUGCUAAUGAGGCCGAUCAAUGCCGGAGAGUCGGUGCCGGAUCAAGACUUCUAUCUCAGUGGGAUAUCAGAUAUCAUGCCAAGCCAAGGCUAUGUGUAUAGCACGUGGCCCCUCGGCCGAGAAUCGCCUGGCCUCCUUUACGCGAGAAAUUGGUUUAGUAACUCAGAAGAUGCAGAAAAGGCUGCGAUGCCGUUUCAUCCCACCUGUCUUGAAGUUUUCAGACGGGUAUCCGCGUACUAUCAAGCCGACAUCGACAACCAGAGCCUCAUGGAUUGGUAUCGACUUGGGGCUAGAGACCAAAGGCUCUAUCAUGAGUUUCCACGGCAUCCUUCAGUGGGAAAAGCCCAGCGAUAUUGGCAGAAUGGGCGGGACCAACUCUGGCUCCAUCUCCCAGGCAGUGAAUUCCUGGCAGCAAACCCCUGCUUCGUUCCAGCUCUUCCAUCCAUCAUCGCCUCAGUAACCGUUAAUCAAACCGCCCUUUCCAAACAUUCCCAUAUCAGCCCAAUCGCUUCUGGGGGAAAUCAAAGUAGCGACUCUCUGAGUCGUCUCCCAAUGGAAAUCCGCCUUUGCCUUGCCAGUUUACUCAACGCUCCCGACUUUGCAAAUCUACGGCUAGUCUCCCGAGCCUUCCAUAAUCUUCCCCAAUCUUUCUAUCGAAAUUUUAUUUUAAGGGAAUACCCGUGGCUGUGGGAAAUAUGGUGUGACUAUUCAUACUCAAUCUACGCCAGACUUGAAAGUUGGGAACUCAGACUGAGAGACACGAAUUGGGAAAACCGCAAAGCGAGGCUUGAGCGAGAUAUCCGCAGCUUACAAGAUGCGAUAAUAUCUGGCGUCGAUUCUGAACAGAACCUCCCCAAAAUAAACACACUCAGAGAUUGCAUUGCUAAAGAGGAGGCCGAGUACAAAAAGUCACGAGAGCCAAUUCCCCCACAAAAACUCCCCAGCGAGCCAGACGAGGUGGACUGGUUUAGCCUAUAUUGCACCUUGUCACACAACUUUGAAAACCUCAAGGGGUUGAGAAACAGGAAGCGUAUUUGGAAAGACUGUGAGGAGAUUGUUCGUCAGAUCAAAAAGUAUCGUGCAGAGGGCCUCAUGAAGCCAUCAGUAUCCAAUUAG